ACGGAUAUUACGUUGGCGGGAAAUAUAAGCGCGAAGUGCAAACACGUACAGGCAAGGCCUAGGUGAUAUCGUUUGAUUUAACCGUAAUUACAAUGGAUAAAGCCAAUUUAUCCAUCGAAAUUGCUCGUGAGCCAGAAGAAGAAGCUCAUCAACCAUUGCUUCUAAAAAUGCCUCCUGUUCCAAAUCGAGAAAGGAAAACGGUUCAUAUUAACUUUGCAGAAGACGAAAAACCGGAUUCCCAAAGUUCCAGCUCUUACAAGGAUGUUCUAAGCCAGCCAGGUGAUUGUAUGACCCACUGCCAGCGACUGCUAUGGCUUCAGAAACGACGCACGCAAGGUCUUUGGGCGCAAUGUGACGAUUGCAAUCGUUGGCGAUAUCUACCGGAUGUCCUAGAUAGACAUGAUCUCCCUAAAAAGUGGUAUUGUCGGAUGAAUUCCGAUUUAGCCUUUUCGUCAUGUUCGGCCCCUGAGAUACCCAUCCGUAUUCAUGACGAGGAAGAUCUUAUACAUAGCGAGUAUAGCGCGGGAUCUUUGGUGCUAGCGCGUAUAGACGGCUGGCCCUGGUGGCCUGCCAUGGUGGACGAUUGUCCAGACACCGAACAGUACUAUUGGCUGGAUGGAUUUUCGGAUAUCCCUACUCAUUACAAUGUAGUAUUCUUUGAUUCUCUUGAAGUGACUAGAGCGUGGCUGGCCCCCUCUCAGCUAAAACCGUACAAAGAAGCAAAAAACAUAGUCAAGGGUUCGUUGACGAAUAAAAAUUACAGAAAACGAUUGGAGGUCGCAAUAAAACAAGCAAACGAAGCCGAAAAAUUAACGCAAUUAGAGCGAUUAACUAAGUAUAGUUUCAUAUCGAGAUAUAAAGGGACUAUUGCAACUCCAAAGAAGAUAAACAGGAGUGAAAUCCAAAAAUACCAAAAACAGUUCAAAAGAAAGUUUUCUGUUGCAAUUGAAAUAUCCGACUCUGAGAAUGAAGCCGAAAGUCAGCCCAUAACGGAAACUCCCAAAAAGAGAAACGUUAUUACACUUGGAACUAAGAAGAAGAAGUUGGAGAAAGACGUCAACCUUGAAACUAAUAUACGCGCAAUUAAUCAAUCGUUAAUUGUUGAAGUGGAUACAAAUUCCGAUUUGGCUAAAGCAGAUUUGGUUUUAACGAACGAUAUAGAUACUUCUACAACUUACGUGCCUGAUACUACAGUUCCAAAUACUGUGGAAGAGUCCCAUGGAACUCCUGACCGUGCAUGCUCAUCCGGCAGCGAAGACUUUGAUUUCUAAGCAUAUUAUGAUAUAUUCAGCUUAAGGGUACCUUUUUAGGUAUCGAUGUAAUACAAUUUCUAUGGACAUUGUUAAAGUAAUAAAUAGACUUAUUUAAACUAAUAAUAGAAUUGAAAAGGCUUGUUUAUUUAUUUGAACGCGAAAACAUCUUUUGAUAGCUCAAUUCUUUUUUAGGGUUCCGCACCCGAAGGAUUUAAGGCAUUUGCUGUUAGUGAGAGAGAGUUAAAAUUUUCACAGAAUUAGUUAAUCUUUUUCUAUCCUAAUAUUGAAACAGCAAAUAAUACGAAAACUUUUUUUAGUUGGAAAACGUAUUAAACAGAUGAAGUUUCGGGGAAUUCCUAAUUAUUACGAGUACAUAAACCUAACUGUUUUGUAAAUAUAAGUAUAAGUGUAGUAUAAAGUACAAAAUUAAAACUA